AUGCAUUUGACUCUUGAAUUCGCCGGUGGCGCUGAACUGCUAUUUGGAAAGCAGAAAACUCAUCCAGUCGAUUUGCCAGAGAGUCAAACACCAUGGACGAUACGAACGUUGUUGGUUUGGAUGCGUGACAAUCUUCUCCGAGAACGACCCGAACUAUUCAUUCAAGAUGGUUUGAAUUAUCAAUUGAAAGAAAACGAUAAUAUUCUGUUCGUGUCAACGCUACAUGGGGGUUAA